AUAAUCUGGCUCUAACACAAAGUGGUAGCAUGUUGCCCUGAGCGGCGCUCCAUACACAGGGGAAACGCCAACGCCCCUGCUAACAGUCCGCUGGCCCCGCCCUGCUCUAACAGCAGCAGUUUAUUUCUCAGAGACGUUUUUGAUCGGACUCCUUUCUUCUCUCCACCUGCUUCAACUAAAGCUGCACUCAACCACACUGGGGAACUGCUUCUUUCCUGAAGUAUCUCACAUUAGGAAAACUUUUGCUCAUCCAAACUCGCUCUUUUACUAAAGAGAAACUACUUCAAGGCCUCUACGUUACUUUUUCUCCCGGGAUGGCUGCUGAUACUACCGAGACUGCCUCUGUGGGCGUCGUGGAGAGGCUGAAAAGUUACGUGCGGACCCAGAAAGGCACCAUCCUCGCUGCAGAAAUUGUUAUCAGUUUUAUAAUCCUUAUCUGCUAUGCUUCGUCCUGGUAUGGCGGCUACACUGCUGUUGCCAUCUGCGAGAUGUGCUUUGCUAUCGUGUUCUUCUGUGUCUUCAUGAUGGACCUGGACAAGCAGUUUACAGCCGUCAGCUGGGUCUGGAGUGACUUUAUCCGUGCAUUUACUGGCACUCUAGUUUACCUCAUCACGUCGCUCAUCUGCGUCAUCAGAGGAGCCGGGGACGGAGCGCUCAUCGCAGGCGGGGUGUUCGGCUUGCUCGCUGGUCUCCUGUUUGCAUAUGACACGUACACCAUCUACCUGCAAAUCCAGAGCGCCAGGUCGCAAACUGGAGGUUCUGGUAGCACAGCUUAAACAGUCCGCACAUCUGUCAUCGACGCUGCAGGAAUACAAAAACAGAGAAGAGCGGCUCAUUGAGGGGAGAUGGACAGUAAAAUGACCAGGUCACAGUUUUAAUCAUUGCAGCUGUACGGUGUGAACAAAUGAGAAGUAUUUUAGAGCCGUGCCUGAGAGGAAUACCACAGAACCAAAGUCAGAGGCACUGUACUGUACAUCUGUGUCUGCAUGUGUGCUGAGGUGGGAAAAAACCCCAAGUUUUUGUUCCGACCAAGACAGACCAUCGACUAAACAGGGAAACCUGGUAUUAAUAAGGUAACAAAAAACUGUUUGGUCUCUUCAAAUAGCUUUUCUAAUACUUUUCUCUACUGUCAACAGACUGCUGUAGGAAAUAUUAAUCGUGUUAUUUGGACUAAAGUAGUAACUGACACAUUUGGAGUUAUUUAAAAACUAAAUAAUAUUCGUCUUGUCAUUGCUGCCAAUAUUUGUUUUUUGUUAAAUUGUUCUCAGUUAAAUCUUAUAAUGCACAGUCUCUGUUUUUUAUGAGAGUUUUAAGAGGUCAUGAGCAAUAAAUAUGUCACCAACAUCAAUUGACUCUCCUGGUAUUUUCACUUAGAUCAAAUUUGAACUAAGCUAAAGGCUCAACGGUUCAUAUUGGCUAGCUGCAAAUUUUUUUAUUUUUUUAUUUUCUGUAAAUAAACUUUCUUCUCAAUAAACACAGCAAAAACAGAAAAUCUUUACAAAUAUUUUUGGUCUAGUUUCUAGAAGAAAAAUCCUAGAACAUUUUAAAUAAGACAAAAAUAACUGACGAUAGAUUUUCAGCAAGAAAUAGGAGCUUGUUUAGUAAUUAAUUAAUACCGAUGAAAAAGCACUACUUCCUUUGGCAGAUCAUUACACUUACAACAUCGGAAAAAUGUCUUGCUAUAAGUGAAAUAAUCUGAAAAAGAACUAGUUCUUCUUCAUAAAUAUUAAGCUAUUGACUUAAAACAAGCUCGCAUUUCUUCCUAAAAAGUUAAUUAGAAAGUAGACCAAAAACUCCUGGUAAGAUUUUGUUUUGGCUGCGAAGAUGCUCAUAUUUCAUGGAUUUGGGUCAAGCUAUUGUGGCCGAUUGGAGAAACAGUCUUUUCACGUAAACGCACCAUGCUAAGCGCUACUAGCUAACGCUUAAACUCUCUUAAAUGAACAAACAAAGAGCUACUUCAAUAUCGCUGUGGCGUUAAUAAAUCAGAGAUGCAAGAACCUAUUUAAAAGAAAAUUACCCUUUUUAAUGUCAUUUAUUCGGACAUUAGGAGAGUGAGAAGGCGCAUAGCUAUUAGCGGCUAACAGUACAGUGGUGAUGGAAAACCUGACUUUGGUUUGGCACUGAUACUGUUUAGCUUAUAAUCUCUUGCUUCUCUAAAGCAUUUUGUUUUAACUUUUUUGCCACAUUUUGGUACUGCCACAACCAUUUUUGAUACUGAAGUUUCUGUAAAGGAAAUUAUCAUUGAAAUAAGGGGCUAUUUAGACCAGUAAACCAUGCUGGAGGCUUUUUUCAUCCACUUUUUGGCAGAAAGAGAGACAAAAAAACAAUCAUGCAAAUAGAAAUGAUCAAACUCGUGAUUAAUUGAUUUAUCGCUUAUUUUUGACAUGCUUAAUUGGCUAUCAGCAACAUAUGAUUUGUAGAUAAAAGUAUUAUUAUUUGGCACACAAUCAAACACCAAAAAAGCAUUGACUCCAGACAAUUAAUCAUAAAAAGGCCAAACGGACUCAAAGGGAAGAAUGCUACUGAUUAAAACUUGCGAUAUUGUCACUCUAGAGGGCGCUGUUGCCUCAAUAUACACAACUUAACCUUACAGGACUGGAACGCUGGAAAUUUUCCAACAUUUUUAUUUGUAUGAAGCAAACAGAAGCAAUAAAAACAAAGUUGGAAUUCCAGUUUUUACAGCAACCUCCAUAUCUGAUGCUACAUUACUCAGAACACAAUUUAAAACAUUAUCCCUACAAUUAUUCAUCUUCCAAUCUCUGUUUUAUCAAAGUGAAUAAUCUGGAAGUUAUUUACUGCAAGGAGGACAUUGACGACUCAUAACCUUUUAACUAAAUCUUUGAAAACAGCUAAUCAAUUUUCAGUUUCAUUUCAUGUUGUACUUCCAUCCUUUUUCACUUUUUUGAUUUCUGAGUCUUAAACAAUUGAUGGGUUCUGUGGUUAUUUGUUAAUACUGCUCUUUUAGUUUGGUUUUGAGAACAUAUUUCUGGUUUUUGUAUAUUCGAUAUUGACUCAUCCUCAGAUGGUCGAUACCACACAGAUUAUGUUGUCCUCCCUCACUUUCACUUAUCUUUUUAUUCUUGCUCAGGUUAUGAUUUUUUCAUACAUCUGUAACACAUUUUUUAAAGAUUGAAAGCCAUCUUUCUCUUGAGAUUUUUUUGGUAGUGUCCCUGUUCUAAAAAGAAACAAGAUUAGACAUUUGUUGUUGGAGGAAAAUCUUGUCAUUCUAAUGUUUUUUUUUUAACAAUGUGCAGUUUGUCUCUUUAUAUUCAGAUUAUUGUUUGCUUUGAGAAAUAAACCGUCAUUACAACAAAGAGUAUCAGCA